AUGACCCCCCUUCUCGCCCUCUCCAGGUCACUCUACCGUGCCUGGGGUCUCCCCAGACUCCAUAGCACACAGAGACUCUCGUUGAAAAACAGACUCCCUCCACACACAUGGGACACUCAUAUGCACGUCGUCGAACCACGGCGCUUCCCUAUCGCAGCCGAAGCAGUCUAUCAGCCCGCGGCACACCCGCUCGACGAGGCUCUCGCCUUUGAAUCAUCCCUGGGGAUCAACAAUAUCGUUCUCAUCCAGCCGUCCGUCUAUGGCACAGACAACGCAUGUCUCCUCGACGCCCUGAGGCGCAUCGGGCCUGUUCGUGGACGAGGUGUAGUCGUUAUCGACCCUACUGCUAUUUCUUCUGACACCCUCACCACCUGGCACGCUCUCGGUGUUCGUGGCGUUCGUGUGAACCUCAAGUCUGUCGGGAAGGUGCUCAGCGAGCGAGACCUAGCAGAAACUCUCCUCCAACACGCCAAAGUCAUCCAACCGCUCGGCUGGAUGAUCCAGGUGUACCUCCCGCUCAAUAUGAUGCCCAUGCUGGAGCGCAUCGUGCCCCGACUGCAUGGGACGACCGUCUGCGUCGACCAUUUCGGAAGCCCCGAUCUCCCCGCGUCUGGUCCUGCACCCCGGCCGCUGGAUCCCUACUCCCUCCCGGGAUUCACCUCGUUGAUGGCGCUGCUGCGCACAGGAUCUACAUAUGUGAAAAUCUCCGCACCGUAUCGACUCAGCCCGGACGGCGGGCUGCGCGACCUGGAGACGAUGAUCCGCGAAUUUCUGCGCCACGCGCCGCACCGGGUGGUCUACGCGACGGACUGGCCGCAUACACGGUUUGCGGGCGCGGACAUCACCUCCUUUACGGAGCUGUGUUUGCGACUGUGUGCUCAUGACCCAGCCCUGGUCGAGCGAGUGUUCCGACGGAAUGCAGAGGACAUGAUGGACGGACGAUCCUGA